AAGAACGAUAAAGCAUCCAAAACAAAUUAAAUUCCAUAAGUCCAACCCAAGAAACAAAAGAUGAAGACCAUCUUACUCUAUCUUUCCCUUGCAUUCCUUCCCUUUUCAGCCUUGGCAACUUGCACUACUGAUACUCCCAACCAAGUAUUGAGAGUUGUAAAGGAUUGGAAGGGUCAUCCCCUCGACAAAGACGCUAGAUACUUUAUUGUUUCGGUCUUUAACGGUGCCGGCGGUGGAGGUGUGCGGCUUGCUAAUCUCGGACGUCAAGAAGAAAACACUUGUCCCACAUCAGUUGUGCAAUCCCCUCGUGAUACCGACGAUGGUAUCGCGGUUUAUUUUAAACCUAAAGAGCCCAAGCAUCAGCAGAUUGUGGAGUCUGCUUCGUUAAACAUCAAUUUCUACCUUGAUUAUUAUAAGUGUGCUAACCUAACCGUGUGGAAGGUCGACCACUACCCUAAACCCGCGGAGAACUACACCAUAAGCACAGGUGCAAAGUUGGCAAAUCCACUGGACGUGAACAGCUGGUUUCAAAUUAAGUCUCUCGGGAGCUCGUAUAAACUAGUGUUUUGUCCCUAUGGAGAGACGUUUACCUGCAAAAAUAUAGGUAUCAUCAAUGAAAGUGGAUAUUAUAGGCGUUUGGCUCUCACAGACAACCCAAAGGCAUUUGUGUUCGUAAAGGAUGACCGAAUUGGAAAGGCCGAAGCGUGAUUGUCCGUUGCCUCAGCUUUCUAAUUAAAUUAAGCAAUGUGAAAUAUGUAAUGCAGGGCCUAAGUUCCCAUGAAAUAACAUCCCUGUCGAUCUUCUUAAUAGAUCUUUUUAUUUCUUAA